AUGGGUACUACUACGGAGGCAAUAGCAGCAUCAGCUACUUCACUUACAGCAGCAGUCGGUAAUGAUGCAGAGAAAUUGCAGUGGAUUGUGUUAAACCAAGUUGAAGGAGUACAAAUGCGUGAAAUGUUCUGGGAUUUAAGUAAGGACGUUGACGUUGAUGUCCUGGCAUGCAGUGAGGCUGUCAAGAUGUUGCGCACAAUGACUGAGGAGGAGAAGACACAGUGUUGUAAAGCAUCCCUUUCUCUGCUUUCAAAUAAAGACGAUCCUCGAUACAUCCAUUAUGAAAGGAUUUUAUCUUCGAUAUUUAUGAUUGCCUGCAAUGAAGGCGUCCUUCCUCUUUCUGAUUGUUGUGAACUUCUCAUUCUUUGCACCAAUUUCUCCCUUACGACGCCAAUGGAUUCUCGCAAAUUUGAGUAUAUGCAGAAAAACUUACACCUAAUUGAUUACAAAGGACUUCGAAAUAUACUGAAGUUACUUGUGGUUGAACGCAUGCAGGAAGUGCCAUCCACGAUCACACACCAUCACCGCCAUAUGCUCUUACCUGUAGAAAACAUGUUACUAACUUUGAUCGAUCGACAGCUAAACCUUCUUCCAUGCAUUUUCACGAUUACUGAGUUACAUCGUGUUUCCAAUAAUUCACGUGCCUUUCUUCUUCCAAGGGUGGCGAAAAAAUUCAAUGAUAUGUUUAUUUCUUUCCGUCCACUUACCGAAAUGGUAACAAUAAUCGGUCGAUCAUGGCUUUAUCCUAUAGCUGCUCACAUUUCUUUCCCAAUGAGUACGCCGUCUUGGAAACUUGAGGUCACAACUACUCGAUUGCAUCAGCGAGCUCAUCUUCCAUACAAAUCCGAACUUUUCGCUCCCCAGUCUUUUUUACUUUAUACACUUCUUCGACAGCCUCGCGGAAAAGAUACAAUUUCCUAUGUGAUGCGACAAAACACGAGCUUAACCCCACAGCGGCUACAGUGUGAUGAGUUGCUGCACAUGAUCAUUCUUGAGGCUAUGAGUGAAAUGGAAAAGACCGACACGCGCCUUGACGACCCUGCAAACCAGUAUCAGUGGAUGAACAUUACACAAACAGUUACAUUCUCUUUACUUCAUGGAAACGCUUCUUUUGCUCGCCUUCUCAAAAUACUAUACGAAUCACUUUCCGAAACAGUAUAUCGAAAAGGAAGAGAUGAACUUAUGUGGGUUAUCUUACAAUACGUUGCAGUUUAUAUCGAUAGAGUAUCAAAUGAGGAAAUGGUUCGCGUUGCCGAAAUUUACAAUUUACUUUACAGCGAUGAGCAGACAUGGUCUGGUGCAGAUACAGAUCCAUUGCUGUUUGUCCGGUUCCUAGUUCCGGCUGCGAUCUGGAUACAUUUUUAUAAGAAACUAGGCAACUCUCAUACGGAGAUACUUCCUAAACCCUCCGAAUCUCUAUGGCGACAAAUACAGUUUUUACAAGAAAGGACUGCAGAUUCGGACCCGAAUAUCCAGAAUGUCGCUGAUCAUAAUGCAGUUCUAGCUGCUGUUGCCAAUGCUUACAGUAGCGAUAUGCCAAAUUUCCAAAAACUAGUCCUAACAGCAGUGGAUGUCUUUCUGGAUGGAUCUCCAGAAGAAAUGAAUACAGUUUGGCAUCUUCCGUAUGGGAUCGUCUCGUAUUCGAAGAAGACACCUUUACCACUCUCGUUGAUCGAUUCGUUAACGUUCCAUGCACGGAAUCAUUUAUUCCAACUUUGUUUAUUGAAACUUACAGCUAUGCUUUCAAUUCAGCAAGCACAAAAAGUGCCUAGUCCUGCAACAAUCGAUACACUUGUACGUUUGGCAGUAACUACGGAGUUUGAAUACGGCGUGAAGCAAGUACUGGCGUUACUGUCAUCCACACUAGCUUCAGUAAACAAAAGCACCAAUUUGGGACCAGCACAACAAGAUCGCUCCCGUGAUUUACUUUUUGUUCUUUGUGAUAUCCUCUCAUAUCGAUUCAUCAGUUAUCCUUUUCCAGUAGGAUCAAAGAUUAAUUUGAUGCUCUGGUGUUACACAGCACUUGGAAAUAGUCAAGUGCAAAUGAAUAUUGUAUUGUGUUCGGCCCUGGAACAGGUUAUGAUGCGGUAUUGGAUGUGGAAUUCUCCGCAAGAAAUGUUCUAUCUGAGCAAUGCUUUCCUUGGCAAACAAGGCAAGCUGGCUGUCAUAUUCAACACUGCUAAUCCAGCAUUUUGUGAUCCACAGCAUGGGAAUGUUUCAGUUGAACAGCAAUAUACUAAUUCACAUAUAUCUCUCGAAUUAUUACGAUGCUUACUUCUUUCUAUGUUCAGAUCGCUCAAAAUGACAGGAAUGGAAAUGACUGCAGAAAUGAUGCAACGCUGCAAUGUCAAUUUCUGCUGGCCAUUAUCGAUUAAUCGGACAUACAGCUCUCAACUCAUUGGUUGCAAUGUGGAUGAUGGUGCUGCAGAUACAGUUAUAUAUGAUGAGCUGAUGCAUCGUGUUAUUCAAGAAGUACAUCAAGUACAAGAAAUUAUUUAUGCGCAAGGUUUAGCUGCCGAGGAGCAGCUUCUGAAGUUUUUUUCGGGUGAGCGGAGACAAACAAUUUUCUGUGUUGUAUACAACAUGUUAUUUGAAACAAAGAAGAUACAUCCAGUAAUUUAUUCUGUGCUAAAUUCAAUGAACAAUAAAGAACUCACAGCAACGAUAAAUAAAUUCACAGAUUAUUUCAUAUUUAUUUUCAAAAAGAACCUUCCUUCAGAUGAUCAGCAGUUUACAGCAAUGAUUGGAAUCUUAAAUGACAUGGCAUUUAAUUUACACCUAAUCUCGCUCGAUCGGCUGCUUAUUUCUCUUGUUCUUCACCCGACCGAUGAUGGAGCCACCGAAAUUGCUAUGCUCAUAAUCCAUUCUUUGGUCGGCUCAUAUCCCGAUCUUCAUAAUCGAAUUACGGCGUUGGUGCACAUAAUACCAUCAAACAAAAUUGGCAACAGUGGUGCUGCAUUUUUUAAUAAAAUGUCAGAAUAUUAUUCGCAAUUUCCGGAAUUGUCAUACAGAGAAAUGGAAGCAAAAAUGAGGAGGGAAAUGCAAAUUGAACUGGGUAUGCGACCAAUCGAGCAGUCAACUGUCAACCCCGAACUGCAUAUGCCAAUUUACUAUGGUAAUAUUAUGGAACGCAUACUCCCGAUUGUGGACAUUAUUUUACUCCGAGCGAUAGAAACUGUAGUUGCUGAUCAAUUAUUUACGACACUGCUGAUGUGCUUCAAACCGUGUUACCGAUAUCAUCCACAGCCAGCAGCUUACAUGUACAGUGUUUUGUAUUGCUUGGAUAAGACUAUCUCACAUACAGUUCGUGCUAGAGAUUUCGUGUUGGAAAUUUGCGGACAGUUGGAAGACAGAGAUGGUAAAUAUGCCCUUCUAACACCGUCAUUUAUUUCUGACAAUCAUCAACUGUCAUUGCCGUCUCAGUUUUGUCAAGCAUUGGUGGAUCGCAUCUUGCAAGCUUCCAACUAUGCCCAUCAGCCACCAGCUUUCGUUUACAAGGAUUGGAGAUUCGCGGAGAUGCCACCUGCAGGACAAGCCCUCACCGGAGCGUGCAUCGAGCUGCUCGCAUCUCCACAUGCACCAGUUAUUACGGCCCAUGCACUCAUCGAUUUGGUUUUUAUUCGGCCGUUGCAUCAACCAUAUGCCACCAUUAAUGCAGUUGCUCUAAUUUUAACGGCUCUACCAGUUUCUUUCCAGCAAGUUUUUUAUGAUCAUAUUGUAUCCGUGCUCGAUUCGGAAGCACUGCAUGGUGAUCCAUCAGUUUGCUUUGGCAGUUUAGAAAGUGAAUGCUUGUUGCUAACCGAGAACCAAUUAUUGACGAAUCUUGCACUCGGGCAUGCCUAUCUUCAACACUGCAAUACAAGUUCACUAGCAGCUUUACCUGAAUUUGUACGUGAUCAGCUUGCACCAAAAUUAGUCACGGAAGCGCAACUGAUAUUUGUGCUUCGUCUCGUUGUGCCCAUUUUACAGCGAUUUUAUGAUGCCAAAGAGAGAAGCAAGCAAAUACAGGAUCUUGCUGUAGAUGUUUACAAGAUGACGGUAAAAGUAAACGAACGAGUAGGCGUACUAAAAUAUGAAGAUUCAAUCUGCGAUUUUUUAUACCAUAUGAAAUAUAUGUACGUUGGUGAUUUCGUCAAGAAUGAAGCAGAACAAGCAAUACAGCGAUUGUCACCAUCUAUGCGAAAUAAAUUAAAAUAUAUUUCACACACGCAAAUGAAUACCGCCAUUGAUCUGCCCCAUAAACUUGCUCCUGGACCUUCCAAUUUAGAUGUUGUGAGACGGGACGUAUGGAUGGAGCGUAGUGCUGCAAGUCAUACUGUUCAGUUCUCUCAAACAAUGAAACUAAUACGAGGAAGUUCUUGGUAUUGGGGAAAUAUGUCAUGGAAAGAUGCAGAGAAGGUACUGAUGAGUCAGUUACCAGGAACCUAUCUCGUUCGAGAUUCUGCUAGUGAUCGCUAUAUUUUCACAAUAUCAUAUCGUACAAAACAUUCUGUUCAUCAUACGCGUCUUGCACAACAUGGUGGAAAUUUUUGUCUUGGUGGACCAAAUUCACUGGUGAAAGCGAAUUCAUUAGUUUCGUUCAUCGAAAAUUCGUUGCAAAGCUGUUGCAAAAGGAGAAUUUGCAUGUUGAUGCAUCCAAAAAGUGAUAGCACAGGAAUCGAGACCCUUGAACUAAAUCACUUACUACGUCGACAUGAACUUCUGCCAUCUUUGAAAUAUUUGUGUAGAGUGGUCAUACGUAACUGUGUUGAAAAAGAACUGCUUGCAUCUUUACCUUUGCCAUCAAAUAUGAUUUGCUAUUUAGAAGAUCCAAAAUAUUUUGUCCCUCCUUAUUCAUCAUAUGAGGGAAUGCUUGAGGCGUAUGCAGUAUUGAGACAUCUGAGGCGUUAUUCCACCAUAUUUGCUAUGAGUUCGGGUGCGUUACCUGCCGCCAUUUCAGUUAUCCGAGUUUCUGGAAAAGAAAGUCGGCGAUGCUUGGAAGAGCUCACGGGUCGGGAAAAAAUUCUGCCUAGGGAAUUGUUCUAUGCGAAUAUUCGACGAGAUGGAGAACUUAUUGAUCGAGGCAUGGCGGUGUUUUUGCCGGGUCCGAAAACAUCAACAGGGGAAGAUGUGGCUGAAUUCUAUGUGCACGGCAGUCGAGCAGUUGUUGAUUGUUUAUUGGAAGCGCUUGCUCAGUUUGACAAUGUGCAGCCAGCAAAGGCUGGAGAAUUUACGAAAAGGGCAUUUUUCAAUGGAAAGAUGACAUUGCAUGAAGUACAGUCACUUGCUUAUCUUUUGGCUGCACGAACACAGCGUCAAAGGCGUCUAGCUUUACAUAGGAACACUUUAGAUGAAGCAUUGGGAAAUAUAAGAAAGCAAAUUAUUGAAGUACGAGCUUCUGUGGAAGCAUCCAUUGAUUUCGGAGAUGAUGUUGAGUUCCAGUGGGAAGACAUUCGUGUUGCAAUGAGUUCAAUAAUUAGUGAGCUGAGCUGCAUUCAAGAACAAAUGAAGCGAGGAGCGUUGAUUAAUGAAGGCUUAAGGAUCGUUAUUCUAGGACAAACAAAUGUUGGAAAAAGCAGCUUAUUCAAUCAUAUGGCAAACCGAGACAUGGCUAUAGUGUCCAGCAUUGAGGGAACAACUCGUGAUUCAUUGGAAGUAACAGUUCAACUUUCUUCUGUCCCUGUGACCAUUAUUGAUACCGCAGGAAUUCGUGAAAUUCCUUUGGAUUCUCUUGAAGCAGAAGGCAUCCAGAGGACAUUGAGAAGAGCGGUGGAGGCCGAUAUUAUAAUCGUAGUAUUAGAUAGUAGCAUGUGCAAGGAUUUCGAAAGGGAUGUGCGCUCAGUGCUUUCUUGGUGUAAUCUCAAAAAAGAUACACCUGUUUUUGUUGCCCUGAAUAAGUGCGAUUUACGCAGUGUUCCGAAUAAUAUACUCCUUCCGUGGCCAACUAUUAGCAUAUCAUGUAUUUCUGGUGAAGGGAUCAGUUCAUUGCUUAAAAUUAUUUCUGAUUAUAUCGAUGAGCUGUGUCCAAUUUCCGAUAAUAGCGCUCUUGUUAGUAGUCAGGUUCAUCGGUUACUGGUAAAAGAAGCCAUUUCUGUGCUUGCAAAGGCACUGAAAGCGAAGGAUGUUGCCAUUGCAGCAGAACUGUUACGCGACGUUUCGGAUUGCAUUAGCGAGAUGUCAGGUAUAGUUGUGAAUGAACAAAUUCUUGACGAAAUAUUUUCUUCAUUUUGUAUUGGGAAAUGA